UGUCAGGUUCAGCUGUUGUGCAUUCUUACAGGCACAUACUCUUCACUCAGUUUGUGAUAGCAUUUAAACCCAGAAAGAUUUUAUAUCUUCUUUAGAUACUGCUCAAGUUCUAGUCUAGUUGUUAUCUGUUAAUUUUGUCCAGUCAAUGAUGCAAUCUUUAGAACAGUUAGGGAGCAGGAUUGUAUAUGUCCUGGGGCCAACUGUUGUGUUAAUUCUGAGAGCUCUUUUAUCUGUCCUAAGCACCUAUUGUCCAGAUUUGGUGAUAUGCAUGGUUAUGGAAUCUGAUAAUCUUAUUUGUCAGUUGUUCUUUUCAAAUGUCCUGUAUAUUUGUCCUGGAUUGUUUUCCUUUUAUCUCUGUAUAUGUGGAAUAAUAUUAUUGCUCAUAUUAUCGCAAAUAUUACAACAAUCCAGAAAUCCUAUCAUUGCUUCUGAGAUGGCUAGCUCUAGCUCUUCUGCACUCCCACCGUCGUCCUCGGACGCGAUUAAGCCUGAGAUCUUUGAUGGGACCGGCUUUAAGCGCUGGCAGGCCCGGACGAGGCUGUGGUUGAUGGAGCUCGGUUUAUUCUGGGUCCUCACCGAAGAGCCGCCCGCCCCCCAGGGGGAAGCCGUGCUAGACGAGGUCGAAAGAACGCGUCUUGACGCGUUAAGGGCCCGUUGGGAGAAGGCAAAUGCGUCUGCCCUGGCACGUCUCUUGGCUGUUCUGUCGAACAGGCUCUUCGACGUGUACGUGAGCUUCGGGGAAGCGCGGAAGGUGUGGACAGAGCUGAAUGACAAGUAUGCUGAAAGCGACAACGGCAACGAGUCCUUCAUGGUGGCAAGCUAUCUGAACUUUCGUAUGGGAGAUGGCAGAUCAGUCAUGGAACAAAUCCAUGAGCUUCAACUGAUCGUGCGGGACUUAGGCCAGUAUGGCUGUGUCCUCCCGGAGAACUUUCAGAUUAAUGCCAUUCUGGCAAAGCUGCCUACUUCUUGGCGUGACUUUGUCACUGCACGUCGGCAUUUGAAGCAGCGAUUGACUCUUAAUGAGCUCAUUGCUGCUAUAAAUGUCGAGGAGAAGUCCAAGGCAGGCUAUGGUGGGGGGAAGACGUCUGCUCAAGCAAACCUUGUCGAACACAAGAACCAUCCUGGCAAGAAUAUGAAGAAAGAAAAGACCAAGCCUGGGUUUUCGGGACCGAAGGUCAAUGCAAUGAAGAAGAAGAAAAAACCCGAGAUUGUCUGCUACGUCUGCGGCGAGUCGGAUCACAAAGCCAACAGAUGCCGCAAUCGUAAAGGCAAGGGGCCAACACCUGAACAGCAGAAGGCAGCCAAAGCCCAAGUGAAUGUGGCGGUUGCAAUGGCCAAUGAUACUGGCAAAGGCGACUCCACUAGUGGGGCGCAGAUGGUGGAUCCGUACUGAUGGGGAACGGGGUCUCGGCAGCAGUGCGCGGAGUAGGACAAGUGAGCCUGAAGUUGACUUCUGGCAAGACUCUUGUCCUGAAGGACGUGCUGUUUGUACCUGCCAUGACGCGCA